GGCCGCACCUGGUGGCACCGCCAUGCGCCGGCUGCGCCCCCUGAUCUCCCCUGCCGCUUCCCGCCGCCCAUCCGUGCCUGAGUCUCUCUUCGCUUGUGUCCAGCAUCGCGCACACACGCACACGCCGUCACGCACGGAGGCACUCACUCACUGACUGCCGAGCUGCCCAGGCUGCCGAGCAGCACAGCGCAGCACCGCGCAGCCCGCCUGGAGCCCCCUCCCUCCCUCCUUCCUCCCUCCUUCAAUCCCUCCCUCCCUCUCUCCUCCUCCUCCCUCUCUCCCGCCCGCCCGCCCGCCGCUCUGAAGGAUGCCCGGUAAGUAGCGACGAGGACCGGCACCUCUGCCGGUGCGUGAUGUGAGGGGUGAGGGACUGCUUACACUGCUGCCGCCCGCCGGGGGGGCGUAGGGCGGGGGGAGAGGGGAGGGGAGGUGACAGCGAUCCGAGGCAGGAGGCGGCGGGGCUCGCUGUGUGCUCCUCAGAAGGACUUUUAGCUGCUCGACCGGGGCUUGGAUGUGGGCGCCGAGGAACGGGGUCUGUGCACCGCAGCGGGCACCGGCCGGGGCGGGGGCGCUUCGCCUGCGCUGCGGGUUGCUGCCUGCAGUACCGCGGUGAGUACGGGGCUCCGCGCCUCGCCGGGUCCCCCGGGGGCGGGUGAGGUGUGGAGGGUGCCCUGCCGUGCUUGGGGCUCCCUCCUUGGCGGCUCUGCUCCGCGCCGCGCUGGGACCGGGGCACGGAGGGCGCGGUGCCCCCCGUACGCCCCGGGUACUGCCCGCUGCUACUCCUCGGGUUUGGCCACGUCUGUAGGGGCUGCCAGCGCCGUCCGGUGUUUGGGGCGCCGCGGUGGCACCGAUCGGACACGGGGACGGAGCUCCGCCGGGCGCCUCACCUGCGGAGAGGAGCAGCCAGGUGCUGCGCACCGGGGGAGCGGAGCGGAGCCCCGGCCGGUGCCCCGGCACCGCAGCGAGAGGAUGCCCGCGGCUCCCUGCCCGCUCCCCGUCCUGCGUGCUCCGUCCUCCUGCGCUGCAGAGGGCUCCGGUGCGAAAACGCUUGUCCCUUAGGGAAGCGUAAUGUUUGUAAAAUGUUUGCUAUCAAUUAGCGGGUGGCUCCGCUCUGCUCGGGUUUGCGCACGGCUAACUCCGCUCAGGCAGGGGCUCAGCUCCGGCUACCAAAUGCUAGGAACACCGUGCAAGGGGCUUUUUGUUCUCCUAGACUGCCUGGUGCGAUUUGUGGGGAACACAUAUGAAAGCGCACAGUUGCUGGCGAUUUUCAAGUGGACUUUGGCUCAGCAAGCUGUACACCAUUUCAGCAGAGAUGUCCGAUCUUUCCAUCUGCAUACCUGGAGGUGCUUUAUUCCCUGAAUGGUCUUUUCAGUAACCACUAAAGACUUCUUGGGACUGAACACUGGAACAGAUGAGUUAAAUCCUUCUGGAAUGUUCUUCAUCAGACACAGACCUACUGGACUUUCUGGAUGUGCCUAAGGACACAAAGACUGAAGAAGUCCUGAAGAUUGAUGGAGGGCCAUGCUAUUCAAACAGCAGGCGUUGCUGAGACAGAAGCUCUUUGUGCUAGGCAGCCUUGCUAUUGGAAGUCUCCUAUAUCUAGUUGCCAGAGUUGGGAGUUUGGAUAGACUGCAGCCCCUCUGCCCCAUUGAUGGUCGUUUUGGACCCCGUGGCCAGGACGAAAUCCCCUUGCGAGCCCUGCAGUUCAAGCGAGGUCUGCUCCAUGAAUUUCGAAAGGGCAAUGCCACCAAGGAACAAAUCCGACUGCACAAUCUGGUUCAGCAGCUUCCCAAGGCAAUUAUCAUUGGGGUGCGGAAAGGAGGCACCCGAGCACUACUGGAGAUGCUGAACCUUCACCCUGCAGUGGUCAAAGCUUCUCAAGAGAUUCACUUCUUUGACAAUGAUGAAAACUAUGCCAAGGGAAUUGAGUGGUACCGGAAAAAAAUGCCUUUUUCUUACCCUCAUCAAAUAACAAUUGAGAAAAGCCCCGCGUAUUUUAUCACCGAGGAAGUACCUGAAAGGAUUUACAAAAUGAACUCAUCUAUCAAAUUAUUGAUCAUUGUCAGGGAACCUACCACAAGAGCUAUUUCUGAUUACACUCAGGUGCUGGAAGGCAAGGAAAGAAAGAACAAAACUUACUACAAAUUUGAGAAGCUGGCAAUUGAUCCCAAUACCUGCGAAGUGAACACUAAGUACAAGGCAGUGAGAACCAGCAUCUACACAAAACAUCUGGAGAGGUGGUUAAAAUACUUCCCAAUCGAGCAGUUUCAUAUUGUGGACGGAGACCGGCUAAUCACAGAACCACUGCCAGAACUCCAGCUGGUUGAGAAGUUCCUAAAUCUUCCUCCAAGGAUAAGUCAGUACAAUUUAUACUUCAAUGCCACCAGAGGGUUUUACUGCUUGCGAUUUAACAUUGUCUUUAACAAGUGCCUGGCGGGUAGCAAGGGACGCAUCCAUCCAGAGGUGGACACCUCUGUCAUUACCAAAUUGCGCAAGUUCUUCCAUCCUUUUAAUCAAAAAUUUUACCAGAUCACGGGGAGGACAUUUAACUGGCCCUAAACUAAACUUCAUACAACAUUUUCUGUUGCACCUGAGGCAUGCAAUAGGAUGUCUCUGCUGAAAUAUGCACUUUUCAUAGAUACGACUAGCAAAGUAACUUUUUUCAUGCAUACGUGUACAUAAUGCAGUGUGUGACCAAAUAUACAGUGGGAUCGAUUUUUUCUACAGAGUAGUAACUAACAUAAAUUUACUGUCAAUAUAGUUGCAUCUUUUAAGAUAUAAUAAUAAAGGGAAAGGAAGUAUUUAGGGAAACAAAGUCAGACACUGUUAAAAGGGUCAGUGUUCCUCUUGCUUAGUGAAGUGUUUAUGUGACAUACUUAUUGAUCUAAGCAGAACAUUAUUUUAUGCUAUAAAAAUUCUUGUUAAAAGUCUGUAAAGCUGUGAGAAAGCAUAAUCUUGAGGCUAUAUUUGGUAUGUGUAUUGCUAAAGGAAUACUGACACUUUAAACACAGUGCUGAAUUUUUACAAUGAGAGUGAAUAGUACUAUUUUCUUAUUAUUUUAAAUGAAUAUCUUAUCUCAUACAAACUACAUUGUUUUAGAGUUCCUGUGGUGAGUUUGCACUAUUGUUUUAUUGUAUGGACCAUAGUGUCACUUGUAGCAUGUCAAUCAUGUGUCAAGAAAAGGUCAAAUAAUUUUUUUCCUCUAUACUUGUGUGUCAGCAAAGCUAAACAUGGUGUACAUAGUGUACAAUGUUUGUAAAUACUGGUUUCACACUAAGUAAUUCUAUUUUGUAAACUGAAUAUGGCUAUUUAAUUUAUUGUGAAAAUUAAAUUUAUUGUGGUAUUUAAAAAUGGAAUGGAUUAAAAUUACCUAUAUGUGCAA